AGAUUCAUUUUUUCAAUUUUUUGUAUUACAUAACCUGUAGCCAUGCUUCUGUAUGUGGUUGCAUUUUUCGUUGCUGUUUUCGCCUUUAUAAAAUUGAAAACGAAAAAAAAGGAGGACUACCAACUGCUGUCUCGUUUCUUCCCGGACAAGAACUGGUCAGAAAAUGAAAACGAACCGGUUGAUUUGACCAUCACACCAUUUAAUAUUGAUAUACCUCAAGAAAGAAUUGAUGACUUGCAUAAAAGGCUUGAUUCAGUGAGAAUGCCCACUCCUUCAAUCUCAACAAGCUGUUUCCGAUAUGGGAUGCGGACUGAAUACAUGGGAGAACUCAUUAAAUAUUGGAGGAAUGAUUACUCUUGGAAGGAGCAAGAGGAAAAGAUGAAUCAAUUCAAUCAUUUUAAAACCAGGAUUGAGGGAUUGGAUAUUCAUUUUAUUCAUGCCAAGCCAAAAGCUGGUGUGGAGGCAAAAACUGUUCUUAUGACGCAUGGUUGGCCUGGAUCAUUCGUUGAAUUCCUUGAAAUAAUCCCAAUGCUGACUGACCCUGUCAGUUAUGGUGGGAAUGAAACUGAUGCAAUGAAUGUUGUGUGUCCUUCCAUACCAGGGUUUGGAUUUUCGGAUCCACCAGCACAAGAAGGAUUCAACACUUUUGAGUGUGCCAGGGUUUUCCACAAACUUAUGCUCAGGCUUGGAUACAAGAAAUACUAUGUACAAGGUGGUGACUAUGGCUCAAUCAUAAGUAUAGCAGUUGCAUUGCUUUACCCAAGCUAUGUGAAAGGUUGCCAUACCACAAUGAUGUCCGCUCGUCCCGAAGGAACCGGCAUCUUGCGUGCAAUAUGUGCAGCUUAUUUCCCACGACUUCUCUUUAAUGACCAGGAGAAAGAAUCAAUUCUUCCGUUCAAGAAAUAUUUUACUUAUUUGUUCACAGAAACUGGUUACUUCCAUCUUCAUGCAACCAAACCAGAUACAGUUGGAUUUGGUUUGUCUGACUCACCAGCUGGUUUAGCAGCUUACAUUGCUGAGAAGUUUUCCACAUGGACCAAUAGGGCUGCUCGCGACACCAAGGAUGGUAUGCUUGAUAAAUAUUGGACAAAGGACAAGUUGCUUAACAACAUUAUGAUAUAUUGGUGGUCGGGUAAUAUCACCUCAACAAUGCGCUUGUACAAGGAAACAUUUGGCGGGACAACAAUGUUUGAAAUGACACCGAUAAAAGUUCGAGUUCCAGGUGGUUUUUGCUGGUUUCCCAACGAAAUUAUAGGAGCAUGCAAAACUUGGGUUGCUCAUAAGUUUCCCAACCUUAUUCACUUCACGUAUAUGAAGCAGGGUGGUCACUUCAGUGCGUACGAAGUCCCUGAAGACCUUUCUGUUGACAUUAGAGCAUUUGUCAGGAAAGUGGAGAAUCGUGAGCGUGAAAUGGCAGCAAACGCCACAAUUGACGUCAAAUUUUCUCACCUGGACCGUUUCGACAACUAAGAUAUGUUCCAAAUUGGUUUCCUAAUUGAAGCGCUUUGCCACUGUUUGCAGCAACCUACCACUAAUUCUUCAGCAAUAUUAAUCUCAGGCCUUAACCCACUGUAUUAAUUUCAAGUUAUAAUUUAAACUUAAUAUGCAAGCAUAACCUCAAACCUGUUUCCUAAUAGAUUUUAGGUGUAAUUACAACUACCAUAUUCCUUCAUUAGUGUAAAUAGAAGCAAUCUUAUGUAAGCCAGUGCCUCCCAAAUUUUUUGUCUCAAUCGUUUUAUUAAUAUACAAAUUUUAAACAAUAUUGGUAAAAUUUUAGCACUCAAUUUCUGAAAUAUGUUACACAAAUUUUUGUAAACAUGAAAAAAAAAUUCUUUAAUUCUGGUUUUGAGUGGCACUGGUUUAGGCAAAAAGUAAUACCCCAAUGCACAGCAAUAUCAUUUUUGUGUUGUUUUAUUCCAUUAAGAAUGUGUUCCUACCUAAUUGUUUCAACGUUUCUUGUAAAUAUUUUUUGUGAUUUGUUUUAACUUUUAAUUUAAAGAAGCUUUUAUGUUAGAUGUUACUAAUGCAACUAGAGUGUUUAAAUUCUGCAGAUUUAGUUUACGGUAUAUUUGGCGUUAUGCAUUAUGAGAAUAAACUUCUGCAUUUCAA